CUCUCCCUCUCCCUCUCUCUCUCUCUCUCUCGCUGUCUCAGAAGCACAGGGCCGACAGACGCAGAGGCAGGUCUCCUCACUGCAGCUCCAGGUCUAUAUCUUCCUAUCUGAGCCACGAUGAACCUUGUGAACAGCAGCCAGUGGUUCCUGACCCAGCCGUCUCCCAGCCCAGCAGGACCCAGUAAAGGACUGGGCUGUAGUAACACCUGGCAGGCAGAGACAGGCCGCAUCACUCAGAUGGUCAUCACCGUGCUCAUCUUCCUGGUGGGCGUGUCCUUGAACAGCCUAGUGGUGUAUGCGUUGGCCUGGCGUGGGCGUGGCCGCCUGACAAGGCGUGGCAGCUUGGGCCAAGGGGAGACGCGCGGCGCCAGCAGCUUCCGUGUCUACGUAGUGAACCUGGCGCUGGCUGACCUGGUCCUUCUCCUCCGCACCCCUCUAAUGCUGGCGUACCUGGCCCACAGCUGUAGCUGGCCCGUGGGGAAACUGGCCUGUCGCCUGGUGAUAUUCCUGAGAGGCCUGGGACUAUACGCCGCAGCCUUCCUGCUGUGUGCCGUGGCUGUGGAGAGAUGUCUGUGUCUCCUCAGGCCGGUCUGGUCCAGUCUGAAGCGUCCUCGCUGGGCAGUUCCCCUGGUGUGUGGUCUCCUCUGGGGCUGGCUGCUGCCCUGGCUACCCCUUACCUCCACACUGCCGACCUGCUGGAGAUCAACGAUGGCCAGGCUGUACCGGGUCCUCUUCCUCACCAUGCUCCUCUUCCUGUCCUGCUGGGUCCCCUACUUUACCUGCCGCUUCCUGCGGGCGCUGGCUGUAGGGCGGCCUGAGCGGGCGGGGCUGUACCGGGCGUCGUUCACAGGGGCGUACGUCUCUCUGUUCCUGGUGUACCUGAAGAGCUCCCUGAACCCUGUCCUCUAUGUGUUCGCCGCCCGAGGCCUGGGGCGAACCGUCCGCGCCUCGCUCCCUCCACCAUCGAGAGAGUCUUCAACUAUGACUAUUCUGACUCCAGGAGUAGACGGACCCUAA